UGCGACGUACUCUUCGGGCUGUUUGAACAUGGCGCUUGUUGUUGUUAUAUGUCGACAUUAAAAAUAUAAUUAUGCAGUUUUAUUAAGCAAAUUACGGUUUUUUUUCCACACGGUGGAGUAGAAGUGCGAGUUGCUUGUCAGAUGUGUCCACUAUGAGUGGGGGUUUGGCACCGAGCAAAAGCACAGUGUAUGUGUCCAACCUGCCUUUUUCUCUCACCAACAACGACCUACACAAGCUUUUCACCAAAUAUGGAAAGGUUGUAAAGGUUACGAUUGUAAAAGAUAAAGACACUCGCAAGAGUAAAGGGGUGGCAUUCGUCCUCUUCUUGGACAGAGAAUCGGCUCGUACCUGUGCACGAGCGGUGAACAACAAACAGCUGUUUGGCAGAACGGUGAAAGCGAGCAUCGCCAUCGACAACGGGCGAGCGGCCGAGUUCAUCAGGAGACGGAACUACACCGACAAGUCCAGGUGUUAUGAAUGUGGGGAUGUAGGCCACCUGAGCUAUGCGUGUCCCAAAAACAUGCUGGGAGAGAGGGAGCCUCCGAAAAAGAAAGAAAAGAAAAAGAAGAAGAAGGCUCAAGAAGCUGAGCAGGUUGAAGAAGAAGAAAGUGAGGAAGAGGGAGAGGACCCGGCUCUAGAUAGUCUCAGCCAAGCUAUUGCUUUUCAGCAAGCCUGUAUUGAGGAAGAGGAGGAAAAGCGGAGGAAGAAACCCGUUGCGUCUCAAGAGGAUGGUAGUCAGCCUUCAACAUCUACAGACUCCAGGAAGCCAAGGAUCAAAAAGAGCGCUUACUUCAGCGAUGAGGAGGAGCUCAGUGACUAAAAAUAUGUUUUUUUGUACUACACUGAGAAAGAACAGUAGGGCAACUAUUGAUUUAGUUUUAUCACCUGGAAUCCAUUCCUAGUACUUUAUACUAGUAAAGGUGUUUUUUUUUUUUUUUUUUUUUCCCCCCCACGUGUACAGAAUUUAGUCAUGAUGUUCUAUGGUUUUUAGAAAUUGUUGAAUUAACCGUAUUAUAAUCAGAAUUGGAGUUCAAACCUUUGUCAGUAUACAGUGCGCACAUUUAUUUAUUUUAUUUUUUGUGGAAUUGUGUAGUGACCUUGGUGGCAACCAGACCUACGCUUUGGGAAUGAAAGAAACUGACAGUCAAGCUACAUGUAAUUUCAAAAACAGGGAGAGAUGAAGAAGUGUCUGUUUAAGCAACGUUCAUACAAAAUAUUUCCUGCCGGGUUUGCGUGGAGUUACGACCAUGGUGUUCCAGUUUUAUAACAUGUUGUUGGGAAAGAAAAGAAUCAGGAAACAGUCUCUCUCUCUCUCUCAGACCCCAUUCACUGUGUGCCUAGUUCGGCGUUUCUCUCUCACUUUUCCUUUUGUAGCUUAAUUCUUAGAAUAUUCUUUCUGCAGGUCCUUUGUCCCAGUCUGGCCCUGUUAUUUCAGUUUUAGAAUACAACUGUUGUUGAAAGAUUAAAAAAAAAAAAUCUGAAAAAUACCACUUUGCUCCUCUGAUUUAGAAAAUUUCUGUCAGAAAAUGGUCUCUCUCUCUCUCUCUCUCUCUCUCUCUCUCAUGGACCCCAUUCACUGCAUACUUUCUUUGACCCUCUCCCUUGCUUUUUCUUUUGGAGCUAAAUUCUUACAGUAUUCUUUCUGCAGGGCCUGUGUCUGGUCUGGCUGUGCCUUUUUUUUUUUUCUUUUUUUUUUUUAGUUUUAGAACAUAACAGUAGUGAAACCAUCAAAAACUAACAGUUCUCUGAUUUUAGUACAUUUCUCUGGGGAAUCAGUAUCUUGUCAUUGUUAACCACACCUGCUCCUAAUCCAUCAUAAAUCUAGCAUAUUAUAUAAAGAAAAAGUUGCUUUUUGGAUUGAUCAGAUGCAUCAAAGUUUACAACAUUUUCAUGAGUUUGUCAUCAUUAUGUUCCAUUUUAAUCUGAGUUGCAAAAUACCUUUUUUGUGUUAUUGUGUCAAAUUAGAAGUGAUGGACUUGUCUGCUGUACUAUUCACUUGUUGCAUUUCACAGGGUACAAUCUAGGCUUUUCUCAAGCCUAGAAACUUAAAAAUAAAAUUAAAAUCUUGUCAUUCAAACAGGAAUGUGGAUCUGAAUGCUUGUUUAAUGCAGGGUUUUGAUGGCUGUACAUAGAUAUUUUAUAAGAGCUCCCCUUUGUUUUAUCAUAACAUUUAUAGCUGAAGAAAAGAACAGAUAAUACAAGUUUUAGAGUUAUGGUUUAUAUAUAUAUAUUAGACUUUAUUGUACUGAUUUAUGUUUCAAG